CCGACCCAAACCUCCAAGAUUACGGCGUAACAACGACAACAACCUCUCUUAUUAUACGCUAUCUUUCACCUCGGUUAAACCCCCAGGUUUACUUCCCCGGCUCCACUCCCGCCGCCCCGCAUCUCGUGCUCCCCGCUCUCCAGCCCAGCCAUGGCGUCGCCGGCCGCGGCCGCCUCCAGCCACGGCCACCACCUCCUCCUCCUCAUCGCGCUUCUCUUACUCCCGCUUGCCGCGGCCGCCGCGCCGCACCGGCACCGCAUCCCGUCCCGCCACCUCGCCUCGCUCAACGCGUCGGCGCCACCAACCACCUUCUUCGAGGUGGACCGCCCGAUCCGCCCGCCGCUGGGCAGUAUAGGGCCCUGCUCCGCGCUGCUCCUGUCCCACUCCUUCGCCGAGACCUACGGCAGGCCCCCGGUCACCGCCGCCUACACGCCGCCCGAGUGCCUCGCCGCCGCGCGCGCCCGGGGCGCGUCGCUCGCGCUCGCGGUGCUCGAGUGGAGCGCCGACUGCCGCGGCCGCCAGUUCGACCGCAUCUUCGGCGUCUGGCUCUCGGGCGCCGAGAUCCUCCGCAGCUGCACCGCCGAGCCGCGCGCCACCGGCAUUGUCUGGUCCGUCUCCCGCGACGUCACCAGGUACGCAUCACUCCUCGCGGAGCCCGGCGAGGUCGCGGUGUACCUUGGCAAUCUCGUCGACAAGACCUACACGGGCGUCUACCACGUCAACCUCACGCUCCACCUCUACUUCCACCCUGCGCCGCCGCCUCUCACGCAGCACGCCGAUCUGAUUGUACCCAUCUCGAGAAGCUUGCCUCUGAACGACGGGCAGUGGUUCGCCGUCCAGAAUGCCACCGACGUGCAGUCCAAGAGCCUCUCCAUUCCGUCGAACACCUACAGGGCGGUCCUUGAGGUGUUCGUUUCGUUCCACUCCAGCGAUGAAUUCUGGUACACCAACCCACCCAAUGAGUACAUUGAGGCCGUGCUUUUUGGCCGUUCACUGUCAUCUACACCGGCGGUGUCAACCCGCUUCUCUGGAGGCCAAUCACCGCUCCUGGACGGCAAGGAUCACAAUUUUGGGUUUGCUGUCACCAAUGCAUUGGAUGUGUGGUACAUUGAUGCCAAUUUACAUCUGUGGUUGGAUCACAAGAGCAAGAAAACAGUCGGGAGCUUGAUCAGCUAUGAUGCACCCGCAUUGGCACUGAAUUUGGACUCUGGGUUCAGUGGGCUGGAUGGUAAGUUCCUCACGGGCGCAAGCCGGCAUGUCUCCGCAACCGGGUCGGUGAAAUCAUCAUACGGGGAGGUGACCACAACUUUCUACCAGAGAUUCAACUAUGUUAACAGCAAUGUGUAUACCAGCAAUGGCACUGUCCAAGUGGUGAACCAAACGAUUGAUGCAAAGUCUGGUGUUUUUGUCAAGGAUGCUUCUGCUGUUCUUCUCUCGGAGGAAGUUCACAAGGUGUUUCCGCUGUAUGUCUACACUGGAACAUCAGACCAGGUGGGCGACGAGUACUCACUGAUUUCACUUGUCAAAUUGGGCAUCAGCGAGAAGAGUGUCUUAGGUGGGAAGUUGGGGUUCUCGUACCGCUCUCUGCGGAAUGCACAGUCAGCACGAGGCACUAUGAAGGUCAAGAAGAAUUUGGUGGUUAGUGGACUGGGAAAGACACAUCAGGUGUACAAAUAUGUGGGUACUGAUGGAUGCUACUUCAGGGAUGUGAGCAGCAAGAAUUACACUAUAAUUUCUGACAACUCUGGUGGUUCUUGCUCAAAGGGAUCGCCGUCUAGUGGUGUCAAAUUCUCCUCCAAUAAAAAUCAACCAGCUAGGAAAAGGUUGCUGAAACUGGACUUACACUGCAUCGUCGGCUUACAAGGUCCAAUUCGCUGGACAUCUACGCUCACCCUUGCAGGAUAUGGUUUGGAAGGUUUGAAAAAGUGUGACGCCUCAGUGAUGCCGCCAAAGGUGUCCGUCGCCGCCUCAAACGAUGGCGCGCUGCCUGAAGACAUGCUGCGUCACAUCCUCGUGCGCCUCCCCACGAAGACGGUGUGCCGCUUCCGAGCGGUUUGCCGAUCCUGGAGGUCCCUCCUCACAGAUCCGCUCUUCCUUGCAGCGCACAAGUCCAACCACCCUGGGCCACUAAUCGUCACAUGUAAGAGUGAGAUGUUUGAAAGAGGCGCCAUUAACAUUGUGGACUUGUCUGGCCAUGUCGUUAAGCGGAUAGCCAUCACCAUGAAGGAUGCCAGGAUGGUGCGCACACGCAGCCUGGACCUUAUUUCUGUCACCGGACGUAAGGGCUGCCAUGUGAUCAACCCUGCCACUGGCGAUGCUUUUGCAUUGCCCAGCUGCCGCGCAAAGGAGCAUGCACAUGUGCAACAUUUCUUCCCAGAAUCAUUUGACUUUGGACAGGUUGUCACCACGGGAGAAUACAAGGCCGUACGCUGUGUUAGCAUCGAUAAUUCCGAUCAUGCAUCCAGCCCGAUGCUCUGUGAGGUCAUCACCCUUGAUGAUGGUCGCCAUGCAAGAUGGAGGGGCAAACAGGGCCCUCCGGCCCCUGUCACAAGUAACCGUAACAGAAGUAUUGUUGUCAAUGGAGUCGUUUAUUUCUUGUUGGAUUUUCUAUACAAACGUUUCACAUUUUCUGGGGCCCGUGUGAAACCGGGUAGCAUGGCUUUGUUCAACCUUGAGACAGAGGAGUGGAUGGGGAUUGUCCAAGGUCCAACUCCAGUGCGCAGCUUUGUUAAGGACAGCAAUGGCAUGUGCGGUUACUUUAGUCUAUACUUGGAGCUAUCAGUGGUAAAUUUGGAUGGGUUCCUAGUCAUGGCACACAAUCCUGGAGGUUGCUCUUUGGACUUAUGGUUUUUGAUGGAUAUUGAGAAACGUCUCUGGAAUAAAAGGUACAGCUUGGAUUUCCAGCCUGAAAAUCUCUUUGCUCAACCCUUGGAAAUUCUAAAUGACGGGAAGAUAAUCCUGUCUGCAUCAGGAUCACUAAGACACUAUAAUCCAAUGACCAAGGCUUACAUUGAUUUUGGGAUGAGAAAUUCCACAUCUGUUGGUACUUACACUGGAAAUCUGUUGUCUUCAGAGAGCACCUUCGAUUCUGAGAUUGGUAAUGACAUAUCAAGAAUGAUGAUGCUGAUGCUGCUGAACGUUGCACUACCUGUGGCUGCUAUGUCACCCUCGAAGCCGGCCAACAUGAUAAGGGGUAGAUUGGUAGAUUUUGGCGUAGUGUUGGCAAUUGUUUUAAACCAGCUCCACUCCCACUCCACCCACUCCCUCCAAGCUCCAGCCAUGGCAUCGCGGACCACCAGCUCCUGCCUGAUCUUCCUCCUGGCGCUCCUCCUCCCCCUCGCCGCGGUCGCCGUGCCGCGCAGACACCGCUUUCCGUCGCUCCAGCUCGCCCCGGUCAACGCCUCGGAGCCACCCACCACCUUCUUCGAGGUGGACCGCCCGAUCCAGCCGCCGCGCGGCAGCGUCGGGCCCUGCUCCGCGCUGCUCCUCUCCGACUCCUUCGGCUACACCUACGGCAGUCCUCCGGCCACCGCCGCCUACGUGCCGCCCGGGUGCCUCGCCGCGGGCGGGUCGCUCGCGCUCGCGGUGCUCGAGUGGAGCGCCGACUGCCGCGGCCGCCAGUUCGACCGCAUCUUCGGCGUCUGGCUCUCCGGCGCCGAGCUCCUCCGCAGCUGCACCGCCGAGCCGCGCCCCAACGGCAUCCUCUGGUCGGUCUCCCGCGACGUCACGAGGUACGCGGCCCUUCUCUCCGAGCCUGGCGAGGUCGUGGUGUACCUUGGCAACAUCGUCGACAGCACAUACACCGGUGUCUACCACGCCAACCUCACGCUCCAUCUUUACUUCCACCCCACAACGCCGUCACCGCCGCCGCCGCCGCCGCAUGCCGACUUGAUCCUGCCCAUCUCGAGAAGCCUGCCUCUGAACGACGGGCAGUGGUUCGCCAUCCAGAAUUCCGCUGAUGUGCAGUCAAAGAAGCUGGCCAUUCCGUCGAACACCUACAGGGCGGUCCUGGAGGUGUUCGUUUCGUUCCACUCCAGUGAUGAGUUCUGGUACACCAACCCUCCCAACGAGUACAUUGAGGCCAACAAUUUGUCCAGCGUCCCUGGCAAUGGCGCGUUUCGGGAGGUUAUUGUUAAAGUCGAUGACAAUGUCGUCGGUGCUGUUUGGCCGUUCACUGUCAUCUACACCGGCGGUGUCAACCCGCUUCUCUGGCGGCCAAUCACCGGCAUUGGCUCAUUCAAUCUACCUACCUAUGGCAUUGAUAUCACGCCAUUCUUGGGCAAGCUCAUGGACGGGAAGGAGCACAAUUUUGGGUUUGCUGUGACCAAUGCAUUGGAUAUGUGGUACCUUGAUGCUAAUUUACAUCUGUGGUUGGAUCACAAGAGCAAGAAGACAGUUGGGAGCUUGAUCAGCUAUGAUGCAGCGUCGUCGGCAAAUGUGGACUCGGAGUUCAGCGGGCUGGACGGGCGGUUCGUGACGAGCGCAAGCCGGCAUGUCUCCGCCACCGGGUGGGUGGAAUCGUCGCACGGAAAGGUCAUGACAACUUUCUACCAGAGAUUCAGCUAUAGAAACAGCAAUGUGUAUAGCAAGAACGGCAGUGAGCAAGUGGUGAACCAAACGAUCGACGCCAAGUCAGGUGUUUCCACCACAAACGGCGCCGUGCUGCUCUCGGAAGAAGUUCACCAGGUCUUCCCACUCUAUCUUUUCUCUGGGACCUCAGACGAAGUGGGUGAUGAGUACUCGCUGGUUUCGGCUGCCGAGCUGGGCAUCAAUGAGAAGAGGGUCUCUGGUGCGGAGCAAGGCUUCUCCUACAGCUCUCUGCGGAAUGCGCAGUCGGCACGCGGUAGUAUGAGGGUGAAGGGGAAUUUGGUGACUUCCGGGUCCGGUGAGAACCAUCAGGUGUAUAAAUAUGUGGGUACCGAUGGAUGCUACUCCAGAGAUGUCAGCAGCAAGAACUACACUGUCGUUUUCGACCGCUCUGAUGACUCGUGCUUAAAGGGAUCACAAGUUAAAGGCUCCAGAUUCCCCUCCAGUUAGCUCAGACGAUCCGGAACUGUACUGCAAGUUAGAGAAUAAGAUUUGCAUAGUUUAUCCUGUGCCUCGUAUGGUAGGUAGAAGUAGAAAUCUUGGACAUUUCAAUUUGAACUCACUGUUUUCGAAUGUAUCAGUGACACUUUUAAUUUGGUUUGAAAUGAUUCUGCUCCGCACAGGUUAUGAUUAUCAUUGACACUUUUACUACUUAAUAUAAUCAAGCUUCUGGCAUUAUUACUGAUCA